AUGCAUCCCAUCGGACCACAAAAGCUCCCCAAAGCUAUACCCUCUCUUCACACCUUCCUUGGCCUUUAUAGUAACCCUAAACACCUUCUCCUCCCCAAUUUUCUUAAAUUCCAGCUCGUUCGGCUCCACCGAGACCCUAAAACCCGGCGGCUGGCGGAUUCGCGCGGUGUACUUCCCGGGCCGGCCCACGUUCUUCACCUUCCGGGCAACCGUGACAGAUCCAUUCACCUUUGGGACCUCAAGCACGCUGUAGUCGGCCGGGCAGUCAUAGUGGAAGGAUGUGAAUUGGGCCAGAUGGGCCUGGUCGUACCCGAGCCCACAGAGAAAGUCAAGGUAGUCGUUGACCGUCAGGUCGUAGACCAGGCCAGGGUCCUGGGCCCGGUUUGGCCUGAUGUGGCCCGACCCGUAUGCAAACGGCGUGGCCUUUUCGUGGCUCGAAUCCGACAAUGGCUUACCGGUGUUGUCACGAGUCCUUGCUGUUCAUCACAAUCAUCAAUUCAAUCAAAAAGGUACAAAAAAAAACUAACAGAAAAUGCAGAGAUUUGUUCUUUACCAGUUGUCAUGAUGGCAGAUCUAAUUGCGGCCGGGCUCCAAUCGGGAUACAAUGUCUUGAGCAGGCCCACAACACCCGAAACAUGGGGACAAGACAUGGAGGUCCCGGACAUCACCGUGAAAGGUGUUCUCCGGUGGUCAAAUUCCAACUCCGUCGGGCUUGUUGCCUCGGAUUUCCGGGGUGAUGGUAUUGGGUCCCCUGGACGAGAAGGCGGCCAUAAAAGGUGCCGGUUUCGUAUUGAGCUGCGCCUUUGGAGCAUUAAUAAGACCUUGCAAAGAGAGUAUGGCCAUCCUCAUAACCGAUGUGUGUGGCCGAAAAUGUGGGUCGGACAUGAUUUCGUCUCCGUUAGACUCGUCAUUGCAGAGAAUCAUCCCAACAGCGCCCGCACGUGCCGCCACCACACCCUUCUCAACUCGUGCGUCGGCAUUAAACUCUCUGUCGAGCGUGCUUGCACCGACAGUUAUGAUCCACGGGGCCACGUUCGACACAGUCCCGGGGUAGGGCCCGCUGUUCCCGGCAGAUGCCACCACAGAGACUCCUCUCCGCACGGCGUGGAAGGAAGCAAUGGCGAUGCCGUCAUUGAAAUAGUCAUCAGCGGAGCCUCCGAGAGAGACCGACAGCACGUCGACCCCAUCGUCGAUAGCCACGUCGAAAGCCUUCAUGAUGUCAGCGUCGAAGCAUUGGCUGUCGUUGACGGGGGGCCAGCACACCUUGUACGAGGCAGCGCGGGCCUGAGGGGACCCGCCCUUGGAGGUCCCAUUCCCGAUGCCAAAAACACUGGCCGAUGGGACGAAGCUCCCAGUGGCGGUCGAGAGGGUGUGGGUCCCGUGGCCCUCCGAGUCGCGUGCGUUGUGGAACGACGAAUUCCUUUCCACUUGGAAGGAAUGGGACCAAUACCAUCAUCGCUAAAGCUCUUGGAUUCAGGCCAAAUACCUAAUUUGUCAAGUGUUGCAAUAAUGGUAUCUUCACCAUAUCGAGCUUUCUCCCAAAUGGAAGACGGACUAACAAAGCCAUCCUUUUCCAGUCGAAGAAAAUCCCAUGAAUGA